AUGGAAGAACUACGAGUGUAUACGGUUGUCCUAAGGGUGACUUUCAAGAUGUUUCCUCCAUUUGCCCUUUUCCCAAGGAUACAUCUUGCAAAUGUCUUAUUUUCCACAGAGGAAAAGGGGCGCGAGCCCGAAGCAAAACGUAUUCCAAAAGUGACUCUCCGGAAGAGCACGGCUCAGAAAUCCGACGAGGGGUGUAUGCCUUUCAUGCAUCUCUGGCGGGGAUUCAAGGCUCUGUUUAAGGGCAAGGGGCGAGACCGGCAGAAGCGGCUAUUGUACGCACACCUAAUACCAGGAACGAUAAUCGGGGAGCGCUUCAUUAUUCGCGAGUUGCUUGGGCAUGGAGGCGGUGGAAAGGUUUACGGAGCUGUGGAUCUGGAUACGGGGAAACAGCUGGCAGUGAAAAUGGUGGUAGGCAAGGAGAUGUUCUCAACUUUGAAGACAGAGUACAUGGUGCACAGAGCACUGCGGAAAGCAAAGAAUAUUACGGAGGGGUUGACUAAAAUACACUAUCUUGGGAGUUACGGAGAUAUGUAUGUGAUGGUGAUGGACCGACACGGGCCGUCACUGGAGCAUUUGGUGAAAGCGUCAGGCGCUUUGAAGGCGCCCGACGUGCUGCGAAUAGGGCUGCAGGCGAUUGACAGGUUGGAGAAUUUGCACGAUCGCGGAUAUGUGCACAAGGAUAUCAAGCCCGAAAACAUGAUGAUGGACUUGGACACGGAGCAGAAGCUGCACCUGAUCGACUUUGGGCUGACGGCGAAAUACAAGGAUAAGAACGGGGAGCACGUGCCGAACGUGACAAGCAAAUUCGUAGGGACGGUGUGCUUCACGUCGUACCACGUGGAUAAUAGCUGUGUAUCUGUGCGAAGGGAUGACAUGGAGAGCUUGAUGAUGGUGCUGGCGUACAUGCGGCGCGGGUGUCUGCCGUGGUCGAUGAUGGGGACGGGCGGGGAGUAUCAAGGGAACGUGCGGCAGCUUCUGCAGGACAUUUGGGCGGCCAAGGAGUCGGUCACAUUGGAGCACUUGUGUAAGGGGAUGCCGCAGGAGUUUCUGGAGGUGAUGCGGUACGCGCGGGGGAUGGAGUUUGAGGAGCGGCCGAAUUACGAGUGGAUGCGGAUGAAGUUCCGCGACGCGCUGAGUAAGCUCAAGGAGGAGAGAGAGCUGGCGCAGAGAGAAGAGGAUCUGCUGAGGAAGAUGGAGGUAUGGGAGAAGCAGAAGAGGGUAUCAGGGAUCAAGACUUGGUAG